CGCAAACCAAAACACAACGUGCGUUCCAACACCAAAACAACGUGCGCCGCGAAGAAUCGAACACGCAAAUUUUUAUUUUUUCGCGUAAUUUUCUCGUUUUUAAAUCCCAAAAAGUCACAAACAUAGCUUCGCGAUGAAAAAUCUGUACCGCCUUGCUCUUCAGAGCACCCACUUCGAUGGAUUGCCACCGAUCGCCGGCGAUCAUCCUCCGCUGAUGGUGGUGGACUCGAACAACAGCCAGCUGGUGUACGUCGUGGUGGGUUCGUGUUUGUACCGGCUGAACCGGGCGGCAGAUCCCGGCGGCAGCCGCAGCAGCGUUCAGGAGCUGGCGUCCUGCCCGGGAACGGUGGUCGCUGUAGAACAUCUGGCUCUAAACGAGGAGGUUUGCCUGGCCACUGAAGCGGGGGAGGUGUUGGUGGUGAAUUUGAACCGAAUGGGACUGGGUGAGGAACCGGAAGUGGUGACGUUCUGCGGCGGAGGUUUGAUGGCCAUGGGAUGGAGCCCGGAUCAGGAGGUGGUGGUGUUUGUCGAUUGCAAUUUGAACGUAGUCACGAUGAACAGUGCGUACGAUCCGAUCAACGAGGUGAGUCUGAAGGAUGAUACGUUUGGCGAUCGGGAGUUCAUGAGCGUUGGAUGGGGCAAGAAGGAGACACAGUUUCACGGGUCGGAGGGGAAGAGCGCCGCUCGGAAGAAGAAAGAAGAGGCGGCAGUGGCGGUCGAUGUGAGUGAGAUCGAUCCCAAGGUGGAGAUCAGCUGGAGGGCGGACGGGGAGUACUUUGUGGUUGGAUUCCUGGGGCCGUUUGGGAGAGCUUUCAAGGUUUUCAACAAGGAAGGGGCGCUGCAGUUCACUUCGGAGAAAUGUUACGGGCUGGAAGUGCCGAUCGGCUGGAAGCCAUCUGGACUGUGGAUCGCAGUUCCUCAGAUGUUGAAGGAUAAGUAUGUUGUGGCGUUGUUUGAGAAGAAUGGAUUGAAGCACAGGGAGAUAGAUUUGCCUUUUAGGCACGAGGAAGAAGUGGUGAAGGGAAUCCACUGGAGCAACGAUUCGGAAGUGCUGGUCAUAAGAACUCGCAGCAAUAUUAACGGAAUGAACCGCUUGUACUAUUUCACUAUCUGUAAUUACCAUUGGUAUAUCAAACAGUAUCAGGAAUUUGACCAGGAAAUACUAGGGGUUCAGUGGGAUUUGAAGUACUCUGAGGGAAGGACGCUACAUGUUUUGCUGAAGAAUGGUGAUUAUCAAGCCUCACGCUGGGAUUUCUCAGUUGACCAUUCAACUGGAUUGCAGAACACAGACGAAUCACUUGUGGCUGUGAUCGACAGGACUUCCAUCUUACUGACGAACUUCCGAGGAGUUGUUAUACCUCCACCAAUGUGUGGAUUUACUGCGAAAGUUGAUAAUUUGAUCAAUUCUGUUAGUUUCUUGCGCAAACCAAAAGAACAACUGGAUUCUAAUUGUUUCUCUGUAGUUGAUUGCCAUAACAGAGUUAGUUUCUUCAAACCUGAUUUCACGGACACCGCAGUUCGGCGACUUAAGGACGUACAACUACUCGGAACACCCCUGGAGAUUGGUCCUGGCAACUAUUCCCACUGGUUAUGGCUGUCAAAUGAUAUUCUUCUCGCGGUUGAACAAUCAAACACAGUAAAGGUCUUCAAUGUGGACGUUCUCAAGGGUGAAUUCUCCCUUCAAGAAUCUUUCUCAGUCGGAUCGAAAACGGAUCGAGUCGGUUGCCUCGAACCUUUCAACGAAACGUCUGCCAUGGUCGAAACCUUCACGGGGCAGUUGUUCAAACUAGAGCUUCAACCGUCCCCAGCGCUGGAAGAAUAUCUACGUCUGUCGGAAUUUUGCGAACAGCUGCGAAUCCAUCGCACCGAUCAAGGCAAAUUCAAGGUCUAUUCCCUAAGAAAUCGCCAAACCCUCUACGAAGACGGUAUCAAACUGGCCGCGGACGUUACUUCGAUCUUUCUCACGGAGCACUACCUCCUGUUCACGACGAUCGCGGAACUUAAAUUUGUAGACCUGCAGAAGAACGUUAUCGUGGGUGAUCGUCGCAUCGAACGCGGUUCCAAGUUGAUAGUCGUAGUUUCCAAGUCUGCUCGAACCGUUUUUCAGCUUCCUCGGGGUAAUCUGGAAGCGAUCGCGCCUCGAAUCCUGUCUCUCUGUUUGGUGGCGGAUCACCUAAACUCACUGGAGUACCACGAUGCAUUUGACAUACUUCGCAAGGAGCGAAUCAAUCUGAACCUGCUCGUCGAUCACAACCCCCAGCUAUUCCUGUCCCACCUGGAUCGCUUCCUGGCAGAAAUCACCAAUGUCAACUGGCUGAACCUGUUCAUAAGCGACCUCCAGAAUCAGGACGUCUGCAGUGUAAUGUACGAGAGCAACUAUCUGGGACGUGAGUCAAGCGCGAUCGAUGGCUAUCGAGUCGAGUCCAAAUCAGAAUUUCUCUGCGAUCGCCUGCUACAAGCUUUCAACUCCGCGAAAACAGACGUUAACUAUAUGCUGCCGAAGAUCACCUGCUAUGUGAAACUUGGACUGCUGGAACGAGCCCUCGAGGUCAUCUGGGGUCUCAAGAAAACACCGGCCAAAGGCGAUGACGCCGAUGAAGCCCUCAAGUACCUCCUGUACCUGGUGGACGUGAACGAUCUGUUCAACGUGGCCCUGGGAAUGUACGACUUCGGCUUGGUUCUGUUUGUGGCUACCAAGUCCCAGAAGGAUCCAAAGGAGUACCUCCCGUUUUUGAACGAGUUGAAGCGGAUGGACGAAGACUAUCGCAAGUACAAGAUCGACUGCCACUUGAAGCGUUUUGACAAAGCGAUCGUAAACAUUGCCCGGUAUCGGGACGACGAAGACAAGUUCCAGGAAGCGCUGCAGCUAACGAUCACGCAUGGCCUUUACGGAAAAGCUAUGAUCGCGUACAAAGAAAACGACAAGUACUAUCGACAGGUUUGCUCCCGCUAUGGAGAUCAUCUGAGGCAGAGCAACAAACAGGUGGAAGCCAGUCUGAUCUACGAAAAGGCGGCAGAUUAUCAACAGGCCAUUGCAGCGGCCAGAAACGCCGCGGAUUGGGAGAGAUGUCUUAAACUAUCCGCCACUGCUGGCUACGACGAUGGCGAAGUCCGUCGACUGGUACAAUCGCUGAUCCCAGCGCUGCAGGAAAGCGGAGAGUACGCGGCGGCAUCCCGCCUGGCCAAAGACCACCUGAAAGAUUACCGAAUCGCUGUGGAGAUUCUCCUAAAAGACCACCUCUUCGACAAGGCUCUCCUCGAAGCGCACCUUUCCGAUCGCACCCUCGUGGACGACCUUAUUCGUCCGAACCUAAGUGAGUAUCUCCAAACCUUCCUGCACAAACUGGCCGCCGAGAAGGAAGAAUUUUUAAAACACAAAAAUCGGUUGCUGCUGGUUCGAGAGGAGAAAGCCAAGAAGAAGCUGGAUCCACAGCACGACGAAGAUGAGGACAAUCUGGACGAGUGCGAUUUGUACUCGGAGGUGUCUACGAUUGCCUCUUCGAGGCACACCACCAGUUCCGGACGAUCGGGCAAAUCGCAUCGCUCCAGCAAAAACCGCCGAAAGCACGAGCGCAAACUGCUCAGCCUCAAAGAGGGAAACCCCUACGAAGACAUUGCCCUGGUUGACGUUCUGCACACGCUCGUCACACGUCUCUGUUCGGCCGAUCGGCAGCGCCAGGUACGAACCAUCUGCAAGGCGGCCAUCGAGCUGGAUUUCCUGGAGGAAGCGUCCCACAUCCAGCGGGACUACGGCGAACUGCUGCACGUGGUCAAAUUCUCCCUGGAUGCCAUCUGGAUACCGGAAAUGGUGGUACCGGGCAGUGGGCAAGAUGUCGAGGCGACGGCCCUGGCCACCGGUAACCUCGAGCUGGUGCAGAACGUGCAGCACUAUGCGUUGAUUAAACCGCACCAGCGAUACAAACCGGAAAUCCAGAGUGUGCCUUGGCAGUUCGAAGUACUAAAGUGACGUGGCUAAUCAUCGAUGAAUGGAGUUUUUAGGAUACACUAACGUUACAAAAAGUGUAAAAUAAUCAAUCGCCGAUAUAAAUAUC